AUGGGAGGAUUCUCAUCGAGUGUGAAUAUCCGAUGUGUCCGAUUGAAACAUCUAGAACAGCCUCUCGUGUUUCACAUACGCCAAUAUCAUACGCAUACUUUGGGCCAGUUCCCUACAUCUCAGCACCGCGUCGUUUUACUAUUCAGAUCGGUUCACUCACCGGACAACGCACCGUACCAGGAGUGCCGUUCACUACAGGCAUACCAGCCUGAGUUAAAUGAAACAAAUGUCUUUGAGUGGUACAAUGACGACAACCCACUGGCUCAUUUGUUUUCCCCAGUGGUAACGAAAACUCCUGCGGCGGAGUUGACGACUUGA